UCUAUUUAUAUAUACAUAUAUGAACAUCACUCACAUGUUCAUGUCACUAUUUAGGAGGUCCAUACAAGCCCAAAAACACACACACACACACAAGAUCAAAAUUUGAGAGAGAGAGAGAGAGAGAGAGUGGUAGAAGAAAAAGCCAUGGGAAGACCUCCAUGCUGUGACAAAGUUGGAAUCAAGAAAGGUCCAUGGACCCCUGAAGAAGACAUCAUCUUGGUCUCCUACAUCCAAGAACAUGGCCCUGGAAAUUGGAGAUCUGUUCCCACUAAUACUGGGUUGUUAAGGUGCAGCAAAAGUUGCAGGCUCAGGUGGACUAAUUACCUCAGACCAGGAAUCAAGAGAGGCAACUUCACUCCUCAUGAAGAAGGAAUGAUUAUACACUUGCAAGCUUUAUUGGGUAACAAAUGGGCAGCCAUAGCUUCAUACCUCCCACAAAGAACAGACAAUGAUAUAAAGAACUAUUGGAAUACCCACUUGAAGAAGAAGAUGAAGAAGCUUCAAACAGCUUUGGAGCCCCAAAUAGCGUCAUCAGACUCAGCUAGCUAUCCGUUUGUAUCCAAAAGCUUCAUUGAUCACAAAAGGACUAUAGACACUACUACUUGUAGUAGUCAUGCUUCAAGUUCAACCACCUAUGCCUCAAGCACAGAAAACAUUUCAAGACUCCUAGAAGGUUGGAUGAGAUCUUCCCCAAAGACAAAUGCUUCAUUGAUGAAUAGUGAAAUGCACCAAAACAACAAUAAUCUUGACAACAAUAGCAUUGAUGGAAGCAGUUUUGCUUCUGCUUCUGCUUGUGCUUCGGCUUCACUCCAGAGUGGAAGCCGUCACCGACUGCCCAAGUCUGAGCAAGAAAGUGGGGCCCAUUUAGGCUCGAACGAGAUGCUCGAGCCUCCUUUGUCUUUUCUUGAGAAUUGGCUAUUGGGUGAAAGUGUUGGACAAGUGGAAGAAAUGAUGGAAUUGCCUGCAAUAUUCUGAUCAAUUUUAGUUUUGAAGUCUGAAUUUCUAAGGUUUUAGCUAUAAAUUUUAUGAUGACAGAAAUAACAAUAAUAAUAAUGAGAAGAAGAGUGUUUGAUCUAUUUAGGGUUUAGAUUUUUUUUAAUUUUUUUUUUGUUGGGGUUCUGAAAAGUUGGGAUCUCAUUGCAAUAUGUAACUUCAGUGAUGAUAAUAGUGAAAUGAAUUAUUUGAACUAAUCUCUGUUCA